AUGCUCUUUGAAGAAUCGCAAACUGAUGAUCUCAAGGCGUGGCUCACCUCUGAGCUCGGCCCAAUAUGUGACGCAGAUCCCGAGGUACUUGCCGACUACGUCCUUGCUCUGCUCAAGCAUGAAGGUCCUGAAGCAGAGCUGCAAACGCUGCUCACAGAACAGCUCGAAGACUUUUUGGCUGCAGAGACUGCAUCCUUUGUCUCAAAGACCUUCCAGGCGAUAGCCGACAAGGCCUACCUACCUGCAUCCGAAUCUGCCCAAGCCAACCAGAGUUCCGACAGUCAUCCAUUUGCUUCCACAUCCACCACGGCUCAAGACACAUCACCGUCAUCCAGAAAGCGAAGGGCUGACCAAGACACAGGUGAUGCUGCACGCUCUCCUCCCAGGCAGACCCGACGACUGCAGGACAACAAUGCUACGCCCAGCUCGGAUGACUCGCGGGCCGGUCGAGCCCGCGAGCGUGAUUCGAGGGAAAGAGCAGCAACUACAGACGGUCUCGACGCCAAUGGAUCGCAGCAUGAGGGUGGGCGUAGAGAGCAUCGCCCCAAGCAGCUCUGCAGAGACUACCACAACAAGGGCUUUUGCCCGCGUGGCGCCAAUUGCAAGUUUGAGCAUUCGGCGGAUACGAUGCCCGGCAAUGCAGAUGCACGCAACCAGCAACAGCAGCUGCACCAACAACCGCGUUUCCACCACAUGGGCGGCAUCAUGGGACCAGCUGGUCCCAACGCGAUGCACGGUCCACCAAUGAUGUUCCCUGGUGCACCCUUUGGCAUGCCUCCACAAGGUUGGCAUCCAAGCAUGGGUCCUCCGCCGGGCAUGGCUCUCAACAGUGCUGGAUCGGGCGCUUCUCCAUCCCAUACCAAUGGCGAUGCACAGAACCUGGCCAACCGCAUGGGUGGACAGCUACCACCAGAAUCGCCUGAUGCCAACCAUUUUGGUAACCAGGCAGGUUCUUUCAACGGUGGCAUGGGUCCUGGAGGCCGUGGCGGCGCAAUGGGUGGACGUGGCCGUGGGCGCGGUGGAGGACCCCCGGGCACCUUCCAAUCAUCUCGACGAUCCAAUACCACUCUCGUCAUCGAAAACGUCCCAGCAGAAAGCCUCGACCUGAUCAAGGUGAACGAAUACUUCAAGAAGUUUGGCACCAUCACCAACAUCAGCAUCGACAAGCCUGGCUCUAAAGCGCUCGUCAGCUACUCGCAGCCUGGUGAAGCAAAAGCGGCGCACGAGAGUCCGGAUGUGAUCUUUGGCAACCGUUUCGUCAAGGUCUACUUCCAACGUCUUGAUGAAGCUGCUGCUGGUGCUCCUGUUGCCGGACCAUCGCCUGUACCACGUCCACCACCGUCGGCAGCAGCGACAAGAGGCGGCUUUGUUCCCGGCAAAACCUCCAAUGUCUACCACGCACGUCCACCUGUAGCCGGAGCAAGCACGUAUGGGGGAGGAUCAACAGGUGCAAGCGGUGGCAUGUCGGAAGAGCGCAAAAGGCUACUCGACGAUCAGCGAACCAAGCAAGCUGCUCUCGAUGCACAACUGGCCGAGCAAAAGGCGCUUCUCGCCAAGUUUGGCGACAAGAAUCUAUCCGCUGAAGACAAGAAGCAGACCAUGACGCAGCUCAAGCAGCUCGGCGACCAGAUCAAGGUCUCGACCGAAGCUGUCAAGGCUGCUGUAGAGGCGGUGCAGACUGCACCCAAAGAAACAUCCGCAGGCGAUGCGUCCACUGCCAAUUGGAAAGCGGAAAAGGAAAAGAGAGAGAAGGAACAACUGGAUCGCGAACUGGAUCUCCACGCACAGGGCUCUUCACCCGCAUCGACCACCGAAGAGCUAAAACAGAAGCUCGAGUCGCUCAAAGCUGAAGCGGCGUCUCUCGGCAUCGAUGGUGGUGCUAGCUCCGGCGCUGGCUACGGAUACAAUGCACGAGGCAGAGGCAGAGGAGGCGCAUAUAUCCCGCGCGGACGUGGCGGCUACACACCUUACGCCGCCCGUGGUGGCGCUGGAGCAAUGGGACCCAACCGAUCGCUUCGUAUCGACAACCGCACUACGCGACUCAAAAUCGACAAUCUACCCACGGGAGCCGACACGGACAAGCUCAAGCAACAUUUCGCUGCUUUCGGCGAACUUGAAUCGUUUGAUGCUGACACAGCCACGCUGGUGUACAAGGCAAGAAACAGUGCAGAGCAGGCGCUCCGGGCUGGAGCCGAGAUUGCUGAUGUCGGUACUGUCAAGCUUUCGUGGAUUCAACCACCGACUCCUGCGGUCGCUGCUCCAGUGACAGCCGUUAGCACGGACGAGCGUACUAAUGGAGGAGACAAAGCAAAUGCCAAUGAGCGGGGCGAUGAAGAAUUCGACGAAGACCGCGAUUCCAGCUGGAAGCGCUAG